AUGACACAGUACGACUCUAUUGGAUCUUCGUAUCUUGUCGUAGGCGAACUCCUCUUCAAACAAAUGGAGCUUGCCAUGGUGAGGAGGGCCAUCCGACCACUGCUCAAACCGAAUGCCAAGAUUGUCGAGUUUGCCUGUGGCACGGGAUUCUACACCCAGGAAAUAUUGUCGUGGACCACCUUAACGAUAACAGCGAUGGAUAUCUCUCCAGUCAUGCUGGGCAUUGCGUCCAAAAGCCUGUCGACCAGUGACAGCGACCGCGUUCGUUUCGUGCUUGGGGACGGUACUAUCUCCACGUCCUAUGCUCCCGACAAGUCAAUCGGCUUCUUCGACUGUGCUUUUGGCGGCUGGUUUUUGAAUUACACCGAGAAACGGUCCGGGUUGGUAGCAAUGUUUGCAACUAUUGCGCAUAAUCUCAGCCAUGACGGGGUGUUUGUGGGCGUGGUGCCUCAUCCCGCUGAAGACUUGGUCGCGCGCAAGAAAGCAUAUAGUCGCCCCCCGUUGGACAGAAUGUGGCCGCGUCUGGAGUACAUCAAGGAGAUUGAUGAGGGGUCGGGCUGGAGAUCGCGUAUACACCUAAACGAGGACGUGUCCUUGUUGGCAGCGCAUAUGAAGAAGUCUGUGUAUGAGGCUGCCGCCAGAGAAGGAGGAUUCCGAGGGAAGCUGCGGUGGAUACCUGAAGGUAUUCAGGAACUCGGGUUCAAGGACAAAUAG